AUGGGCGUGAACACCGAAGAAGGAGAACGAGAGGUUGCUGGCAAAGCUAGCUGGAGCAGUUGUCCUGGACUAGGCAUAGAUAUUCUUCAUCAGCUAGGCCUUGGAGGCAAAGAUGUAAGAGAUUCAUCAUCAGUGACCUCUCUACCUUCGCCAUCUACACCAUUACCUCAGGGGGUCCACUUAACAGAAUCAGGUGUCAUUUUAAAAAAUGAUGCAUAUAUUGAGUCACCUCUCAUGAACAUUUUACCAGCCAAUUUAGGACAGCCAUUUACAGUAUUAAUUGGUGUACGGUCACAUAGAGUGAACAAUGCAUUUCUUUUCAGCAUCAGAAAUAAAAAUAGGCUGCAAUUAGGAGUACAAUUACUACCCAAAAAAUUAAUAAUCUAUAUUGGAGGAAAGCAGUCUGUAUUUUUCGACUACAGUGUUCAUGAUGAGCGAUGGCACUUACUUGCCAUUACCAUUAAAAACCAAGUUGUGUCAAUGUUUGUUGAGUGUGGAAAGAAAUAUUUUAGCAAAGAGACUAUUUUAGAAGUUCAGACCUUUGACUCUAAGAGUGUGUUUACUUUAGGAAGUAUGAAUAAUAAUUCUGUCCAUUUCGAAGGAAUAGUAUGUCAGUUGGAUAUUAUUCCUUCUGUAGAAGCAUCUGCAGACUACUGCAGAUAUGUGAAACAGCGGUGUCAAUAUGCAGACAAAUUCCAACCUGAAACAAGCCUUCCUCACACAACUACCACACCAACUAAAACAGCAGAACACUCUCUCUUGCCCAAAGGACUUAGUAAAAAAGUACAGUCAGAAGAUAUAUUUACCGAAGGCAAAAGCAUUCCAAAUAUAAAGGAUGAUUCUGCAACAGCACAUAAAAGACAGGAACACCAGAUAUCAAGACCUCAGUCAACUUCUCUUUAUUUGGGAAAUGUUUCCGCUUUGGAUCUCACAAAUUAUGGGAUUCACGCCAAAGAAAUCACUGCCGAGGAGCAUACUCAAACAAAUGUAAGCCUGUCAAUGAGCCAUCGUCGCCUCAGUGAAGCAAGAAUGAAUACUGAGGAGAAAUUUACUUUUCUCUUAAAUGUUACACAAGAUGAUAAAGUAACCGGUCUGUCACCGCUUACGAAGAUGUCAUCUAUUCUUUCACGUACAAGUCAUGAUACAAUUGCUACUCUCAAGAAGGCUAUCACAGCAAAUCUACAUACCAACGAACUCACAGAAAUGGAACAGAUUCUAAACACAACCUUGUAUAGAGUGACAGAUGAGCCAUCUAUGGAUAACCACCUUGAUCUCAGGAAGGAAGGUGAAUUUUAUCCUGAUUCUACUUAUCCCAUCGAAAAUAGCUAUGAAACUGAGCUCUAUGAUUAUUAUUAUUAUGAGGAUCUUAAUACAAUGCUCGAAAUGGAGUAUCUGAGAGGGCCAAAAGGGGACACUGGACCUCCCGGUCCACCUGGUCGGCUGGUGUCCCCGGUCUGUCAGGAAAAAGAGGUCCACGGGGUGUACCAGGACCACAUGGAAAUCCUGGACUACCUGGAUUACCAGGUCCAAAGGGCCCCAAAGGAGACCCAGGAUUUUCCCCAGAUCAAGCUGCUUCUGGACAAAAGGGUGAAUCAAGGCCUUCCUGGAUUAAUAGGACCCCCUGGUUUGCAAGGUGGAAAG